GAGAACAGUCACUGCGUUCCCAUGGGGGGGCAGGACAGGACGGUGCUGCCGCGGGCCCAGGUUCUGGAUCGUAUGCAGCUGCCAGAUCAGCUGGGGCAGAACCGGGUGGAGGGCGGGGUCGGUGUUUGAUGUUAAUUGUCUGAGGUGCUAGAGGACACCCACGUGGAGAUGCCCGGUGGGGGGAAGGAGGUCACCAGUUCAGCACACCAAAGGGAGCCCCUGGGCUCCACUGGACAUUCAGGCCUGUGCAGCGGGAAGCAGCUCAGGUCACAGACACGGGCUCGGGCAGGAGCUGGCCUGGCCCAAGGCCUCGUGGCCAGCCACCAGCACCCACUGGGGAGGCUGUGAAUGGGGCGCCUGUGGGUGCUCAUUAUUGGGUCCUGGCCCAGGUAUGGUCAGCCCGUAGUGCAAAUGACUGUCCACCUCUGCUGGGUUCCCAGAGGACCAGAGCUGUGCCGUUAACAAAGGUCGGUAUCCGUUUUCGGGUGAAUUCUGGGGUACUUUUAUUCACUCCUUGAAUUCUAAUCGAAGACUCCGGUUGGAAUUCUAAUUACAGUCGUGUUGCCUUUACAUGCACAGACACGCGCGCGCGCACACGUUUUGGGGGAAUGGGCCUUUCUGGUGGACGGAGGGGUGGGCAGUGAGGGCCAUCCUCUCUCUCCGCCACGGCUCCUGCUCCCCAGAGGCGGCCGCGGUCACGAGUUCAGUGUGUAUUUUCCUGAAAGUUGUGUGUGUAAACGUACUCAUCCACGGGACGCUUUACCAAGAGCGUGAGGUGGUGGCUCCCUGACUUGCUCCCCCAGAGGCCCACAGCAUGAGGCGAAGCGUCCUGCUUGGUGAGGUGCCUGCCUGAGGGCUUGACCUCAUUAUUGUGUCGCUUUUCCCCGAGCAAUCUGCCUGCUGGGCUUCUGUGUCCCUGUUGCGGACCCGCCUCGGCCUCCAGAUGAUGUCAGCCCCAUCGCCCUGCCAGGAGAGCUCUUGGUCCCCCCUUCUGUCUGGCAGUUGAGGUGUGACAGAUAGCUUACUUGGCCUGGCAUUUCCCCAGAACCUGCCCACCCUCGGGCCUCCCUGUCAGGUGCUCAAACCAAAUCCCUGGGUCACUCUGGACUCCCACCAGAACCCGACCCCCGCUGGAGCCGCCACCAGGGCAGGACCAGGCGCGGCCAGGGCAUUGGUGGGCCCACAGGAGGGCUGUGGUCAAGCCAGGCAUGCAGGGCCUGGCAUGGGGUCCCCACAGGAGUGCGGCCCUGGCAGGACUGUCCACGCCCAGCAUCUCUGGAGGCAGCCAGGCCCGGUGCCUCCCUGGAUGACAGCUUGGCUCCUGUGAGGACACGCUCACCCGGGCCUGUGCACGCACUGCAGGCCGUGCCAGUCCCACAGGCUCCUCCGAUUUCCAUCUUCCUCAGAGACCCCAGGGACCAGGUGAUGGCAGCGGCCAGGCUCCUACCGCCACCGGCGGUGCCCCAGGCCAAGGUGACCUUCGAGGACGUGGCCGUGCUCCUCUCCCAGGAGGAGUGGGACCGCCUGGGCCCUGCUCAGCGGGGCCUCUACCGACAUGUGAUGAUGGAAACCUAUGGGAACGUGGUCUCCGUGGACAACUUCACGUGUGACCACAAGGCAGCUUGUGUGCAGCAAGACAGCACGUCCUGUCCCUGGGGAUGUGAAAACAAGGAGCAGGACCAGAACAGAGACUUGAGUCUGAGACCGCUCACUUCAGAGGAAAUAUCGAUGAUUCUGAGGAAAACACCUGCCGAGUGGAGCGAUCAGGGAAGCUACGAACCCGAGGAGAGCUUCUGUCUGAGUCCCAGCCACGCUGGCCCCCCUGAAGGCCGGGCCUUGAGUCAGGGCAUGCCUGUCGCUCAGCGACCAGCCGUUCCUGGCGGGGAGAGACCCUACCGGUGCAUGGAGUGUGGGAAGUGCUUUGGGCGGAGCUCCCACCUCCUCCAGCACCAGAGGACCCACACUGGGGAGAGGCCCUACGUGUGUGGCGUGUGCGGCAAGGCCUUCAGCCAGAGCUCGGUCCUCAGCAAGCACAGGAGGAUCCACACGGGCGAGAAGCCCUACGCGUGUCACGAAUGUGGAAAGGCCUUUCGAGUGAGCUCAGAUCUUGCUCAGCAUCACAAGAUACACACGGGGGAGAAGCCACACGAGUGUCUCGAGUGUCGCAAGGCCUUCACGCAGCUCUCCCACCUCCUCCAGCACCAGCGCAUCCACACCGGGGAGAGGCCCUACGUGUGCGGCGUGUGCGGGAAGGCCUUCAACCACAGCACUGUGCUGCGCAGCCACCGGCGGGUGCACACCGGGGAGAAGCCGCACGCGUGCGCAGAGUGUGGCCGUGCCUUCAGCGUGAAGAGAACGCUGCUCCAGCACCAGCGGGUGCACACCGGGGAGAAGCCCUACGCCUGUGGUGAGUGUGGCCGCGCCUUCAGCGACCGCUCCGUCCUCAUCCAGCACCACAGCGUGCACACGGGCGAGAAGCCCUAUGAGUGCAGCGAGUGUGGCAAGGCCUUCCGGCACCGCUCCACCCUCCUGAACCACGAACGCAUCCACACCGAGGAGAAGCCCUAUGGCUGCUACGCAUGCGGCAAGGCCUUCGUGCAGCACUCCCACCUGACCCAGCACCAGCGGGUCCACACUGGCGAAAAGCCUUACGUGUGCGGCGAGUGUGGCCACGCCUUCAGUGCCCGCAGGUCCCUGGUCCAGCACCAGCGGGUCCACACGGGCGAGAGGCCAUUCCGCUGUGCACAGUGCGACAAGGCCUUCAGCCUGAAGGCCACGCUGAUCGUGCACCUGAGGACCCACACAGGCGAGAGGCCCUACGAGUGUAGCCGCUGUGGCAAGGCCUUCAGCCAGUACUCGGUGCUCGUGCAGCACCAACGCAUCCACACAGGUGAGAGGCCCUAUGAAUGUGGGGAGUGUGGCCGCGCCUUUAACCAGCACGGCCACCUGAUCCAGCACCAGAAGGUACACAGGAAGCUGUGACCUUGGCCGCACACGAAGCUGCACUCGGGAACUUGGGCACCCAGCCCCAGGAAGCCUCCAGUCCAAGGGAGGUGCCCGUCAGCAUCACCAAGUGUCACUGAGAAACUCAAGGGAAGCACUGACAUGGCUCUGGAAGAACUUCAGAGGAUGCCUCAUUUGUUUCUCUCAACUUCUUGAGGUUACAUUGCAGAGUAAUUACACAAUUGUAGAGAAUUUUGGUGAAGACAGUUACAAUUCAUUAUUUAACAUUAGUUUAUUAGAAGUGAGGAAGUAAAGGAAGUUACAGCAUAAGGAUUACUGUCACAGUAAAACUUCCUCACACUCCAAAUAAAGGUUUUUUUCUUAGAACGUUAUAUGCCUUUCCUAAAUUCAAUGACUGUUCUGAUUAUUGCACUUAAAAUUAGAAUGUUGGACUAUAUUUUCAGUAUUCUGGUAAGCACUACAAUGCUGUGUGGAUAAAAUGAUAUAAAAAAGAUUGUCACCAAGUGUCGUAAUGUAUUAUGGCUGAAAAUCCUGUGUGUGUGGAACCACUUGUUUUGUAUGAAAACCGGGUGGUGGGGCAGGGGUGGGACUCUAAAGAUUAAUUAGUGAGAAAUGAUGUAAUUUAGAAAACCCUUUAUCUAGUCCUUUAACUUUUCAAGAUCAGAAGGGAUGUCCUAACUUACUUAUUAGUGAAGAUUCAACUCAAGAAUGCUUCUUUUCCUCAAAACCUGUGCACGGAAAUCAUGGGAUGUCUUGGGCUUCUGGGCCCAUGUAGGCUUAGGAGGCCUCUUCGCACUCAGAGCCCAGACCUCACAGCUGCUACACCACAUGGGUGCCUCUUUAUACACUAUGGUGUUUCCCAAAAAUAGUGUUACUAAAAAGACAGUUCUUUGGCACAUACUUUUAAAACAAAAUUCUCAAAUAGCUUUUUGUUUACUCUUUCUAAUAUUUCUAUUCCUAUGAGGGUUUUCUUUCAUUUUUUACUCCUCGUUCCAACAGAGUCUAGCAUUCAUUGUCGUGUACUGUGAUUAAUAUCUAGUUUAUUCAUAAUUUGUAAAAGUUUUUUUCUCUCUAUUGAGAACAUACCAGCAUCUCAGGAAAAAUUAAGGACCAGAGUGUUGAUCCUUUUCUUUU